AUGCAUACCAGGCCGCAGAAAAUCAAGAUUAGCAGAAGUGGCCCAUCGCUUAAGCGUAAGGCCAAAGCCCUUGGCGAGAAGGCGAAUGUUCUCAGUGUGCUCAUGUACCACAACGCCAUUGAUAACCGGAUGGAAAUGGAGGUACAUGUGCCUAAAGACCUGAAAAAGUUACCGGAUUUCAAUAAACUUGUCCAAAGAGCCAUCCGUGGUAAGGACCGAAAAGCUCAAGCUCACGCUCGGGCUCUUGCUACACCACAGCCAACAAGCCAAACUCGCUCACGUACUGCCGACAGCGGACCCAGCGAGGAGAGAGCUCAAGCCGUUCCGCUAUCGAUCUACGACAUCAUACCCGACGAUGACGGAGACACUGUGUUCACGAUCCAUCUUCUGCUGCAGGCCGGCAAGCGCAUCCGGGCCCCUCUUCAGGCUCAGACGCUACAGGAAGCCCGGACAGCAGAUACCAACGUUAUUCACGCAGAAGAGAAUCGAGCACGACGAUUAGAGACGGGACAGAUGAUGAUUUACUGUGUUACCAAGUCGGACAGAAUAGCGCUUCGACACGGAAAGGCGAGAUAA